GCAAGUGCAAUGAAGAAAAACCCAUUCCAGUGCAAAAAACAAAAAGAGAACACAUUAGAGGGGGCCAUUCAUGAAGUGAUUAGUGGAGUAAAACCAGAACCCAAGAAGCAAACAGUUGAACCAUUGAUUGAAACAAUAGAGCCUGUGCAGAUACAUGAAGCAGAGAUAUUAAAAACUCUUAUAGAUCAGAAAGCCAAAGAAAAACAAGGCCAGAUGAUUCUUUCUAAUUACAUAUACAACCACAUAAAGCUGCUUACAGACGAAAAAACAAAAACUGAUUUUGAAACUACAAUGGGGAGCCUGCUUUAUUAUCAAACUCCAGAGACCCACACAAUUAAGAAGGAGAACAGCGCAGCGUACGCCAGAAUAUUUGUUAACUGGAGAGAAGGGCUUGCAGGGCUGUUUGCUGAAUACAGGAAGGCAAAUACUAAAAAAACUGAAUUUUCAUUCUAUGCGUACUCUGAUGGGAUUGUGCACUAUUUUCAUACUAACAAAUGCGGCGGGUGUGAGCGCCCAUGCUGUGCAAAUAAAUCAGGAUAUUCUUUAUUUAUUAUAUCAGACAGCCAAAAUCCAAAAGAGCUUUAUGAGAGUGAGUUUAUUCAGAAUGGUGCUGAGUGGUAUCUUUCCGGACGAGGGGUUCUAUUUAUUCUGGACACUCUUCUUAAUACACAAGCAAGCAGCGUAUGUGCGCUGCCUUUGGUUAUAUCAAAAUAUCCAUUUUUAAAUGGAAUACUUAAGAAGCCUUCCUUUAGUAUCAGAUCAGAGAAUAGAUCAGGGAAAAAGAUGUAUAGAAUAGCAAUCAAAGGAUGGACAAUUACAUCGGACAUAUUAUUUGUCGAUUCGUCCCAUUGGUACGAAAUGAAGCAUGUAGAGCCAACAAAAUAAGGCAUAAUCCCUGAAUGUACGAUAAAAUAACCACCGCCAUUAUCACU